UUUUUUUACAAAAAAAAGAAAGAAACAAACCAACCACAUUCAUACAAAAAUUUAUUCUCGUAAUUCUUCCUCAUUCUAUCCAUCAAUUCUCUAAUAUUCUUCAACCGAUCUCUACCAUCUGUUUCAUCUCUUAAUCUUAUUAAUUGAUUACAUUAAUUUACAAUAAAAUACAAUCAUUCUCUAAAUUACCCAAGCAAUAGUUAUAUCAUCACAUAUGAUUUUCUAUUUCUCAUAAUACAGCAUUUUCACACUCCUCUUAUCUAGAGGUCGGAACCGAUCAAAAAAUAAAACUAAUUUUGAAACCUAUGAUAUUCACAUACAGUAUAGUUUAGAUAAUUUUAAUCGAUUAACUCCAACCUCCACAAAUAUAUAACUUACUAAAUAACUAUUGUAUUAUAUUCUUUUUCCAAAUACGUAGUAUGCAGCCAAUAACUCCAAGUCUAGCUUUCUUUUAUAACCCACCGGGUUUUCUCGUUAAUUACCAUAUUACCUGUGAAGAAGUACCAAUGUCCUUCGAACUUGUAUAUCAAUUAACAAAUGAUACCGAUGACAACGACCAAACUUAUAAUUAUGUUCAAUCUAAAAGUUAUGCAUUUUAUCAUAGUCAAAUUGAUUCGAAAAAAAUUUAUCGAAUAACUUGUGAGUUGGCCUCAGCCCAAUUUUUAAAUAAAAGAUUUUAUAAUAUAGAUUAUAACCAGCAGAGUCUUCAGCAACAUCAGCAACAGGAAAUUUCUCCACUACACUUCAAACUUCACUUGAAGCAAUUAUUAACUAAUUACUUGGCACCUAAAGAAAUUUAUAAACAAAAUUUGUAUAGAAAUAUGAUGCAAGAUAAUUUUAAUGAAGAAGUCAUGGAUGGUACUCCUUCUUUUCGAAAUGCUAGUGACGAUUAUACUCAAGAUUAUGAGAAUAGUCUGAUUAUUUACAGAAGUGGUUGGUUUGGUUACUUCGGAAGCGAUAAUAACGACUGGUUUGGUAGGAAGAAACACGUUAUAGAGCAAGAAGAAGAAAGUAACAAUAAUAACAACGACGAUUGGCAAACGGGAACAAGUAGAGUUUGUGAAAAUUGUAACCAAAAAUGUUUAGCUACAUUAUAUUGUGAAUAUUGUGUUCGAAAUUAUUUAAUAAAUAAUUUUUCAAAUUGGACAUCUGGAAAUGAUGAUAUUGAUAAUUUAAUACAAGAAUGUCAGAUGAAAACACUUGAACCGAAUGUCAUAAUUGAAUGGAUUCCAUAUAAUAAUUUAAAAAAUAUUAAAUAUUUAACAAAAGGUGGAUAUUCUGAAAUUUAUACAGCAGAAUGGGUUGAUGGAGGUUAUGAUGAAUGGGAUUCUAAUGAACAACAAUUAAAAAGAUUUGGAAUACAACGAGUAGUACUUAAAAGAUUAGAAAAUGUUGAAAGUGCAAAUAAACGUUGGUUUGAAGAGGCUAAUUCGCAUUUAAAUAUAUAUUUAAGAAAAUAUUUACAACAAAAUCAUAAUCAACUUACAUGGAAAGAAAGAAUUCAAAUUGCUGCUGGUAUAAUUAAAGCACUUUUACGAGUUCAUAAUGAGAAUGCGAUUCAUAGAGAUUUGCAUUCUGGAAAUAUAUUAUCUGGUGAUAAAUUUUUUAUUAGAGACCUUGGAUUUUGUGGACCUGCAGAUAAACCAUUAAAAAGUACUAUAUAUGGAAAUCUUCCCUACAUUGCACCGGAAGUUAUUGCAGGAAAAAUAAAUAAUCAAACAAUUAAUAUUUAUAUUUUAAACUUUUUAGUUGGUAGUAAAAAAUUAUCCAAAAUAUUCAAAAAAAAUGAUAUUCAAGAAACAACGCAACAACAAAUGAAAAAAUAUCAUGAUAAUAUUAACGAUAUAGAUGAAUGA